UAGCCUCGUUCUUCACGACAGUUAAGCACCGGAAUAUAACAAUCAUCAGAUGGUUUAAUAAUCAUCUUUCUCUCGGCUGUGUGGGAUUGCUGUUGCUAGCCAGCGGUAUUAUCAAUUUGAUUUUGAUCCUCACUCCGACGAGAACCUCUUAUCAACAGGUGCUGGGUGAAAAUACUCUAAUAAUGCAAGACGUACGAUGGGAGGCAAGAGAAGAAAUGAUAAAAUUGUGUCGAAAAGAGAAGAAAAACAGUUCUAUUUUAUCAGAAGAAGACAACAGAAAAUUUCAGAAAACAAAUGUGAAUUUAGCUGAAAUCAUAAAACUGCCAAACACACAAGAAGCAAACAUUACUAUACAACGAGAGUUUUUCAAUUAUAUGGCAGCAAAUUUACGUAACACUUCUUACCCCGGAGUGGAAAAUUACACAAGGUAUGCGGUGGCUCGAUUGGGAUUGUUACCUUUAGCUAAUGCGGAACCACUGAAACCGGAAUUCGGUCCGGUGAUCAACGACGUCCUUUCCUUCCGGUACCCUAUCACCAUCCAGCAGUGUCCGAACGUGACCGUCGAUCAAAUAAGUGUUUUCAUAGCUGUCAUAUCGGCCCCUAAUAAUUUCGAAAAGCGGAAAAUGAUUCGACAGACGUGGAAAAAUCACCUGAAAAUGGAGAGUGACAAAGGCUUGUUAGUUACCGCUGGUUUCGGCUUCAUUGUGGGACUGACGGCCAAUAAUGUGACGCAAGCCAAAAUAGAAGAGGAGAGUAAACUGUACGGCGAUAUCAUUCAGAUAGGAGUGUCGGAUUUCUAUCGUAAUUUGUCAUCGAAAGUGGCAGGUCUCUUUAACUGGCUGUACAGACACUGCUCCAAAGUUGACUUCCUUCUAAAAGUGGAUGACGAUGUCUACGUUAACGUGCGCAAUUUGACUCAUUUUCUUAAAUUAUACUAUCAAUUAAAUAUAAGUGUGUUUGGCUCCUACCCGAGCGCAUUUAUUCCCAAUCGAGAUGGCAAGUGGGACAUUUCAUUUGAGGAGUGGCCAUGGAAUCAGUAUCCAGAAUACAUUACGGGUGGAACUAUCUUGAUUCCAGGAAGUGCAAUAAUCCCUCUAUUAGCUGCAAGUCAGACGACGCCCAUGAUGCCCUUUGAUGAUGUUUACUUAACGGGGCUAUGUACUGAAAAAGCCGGCCUAAAAAUCCAUUUUUCACCCAGUAUUUUUGUGAGGGAACUCCCAGUCAAAUGCGAUCUAAGUCGUGUUAUCGCUUGGGUGAGUGACAAUCAGGUGAAUUCUCAUGUGGCAACCGACAAUUUCUACCGCAGUACAAUUCAUCAGUGCAUUUUUAAUGACACACUUUAAUGGUUUUCUAUACAU